UCCUCGUAAAGUCGUACCUUCUCUCUUUCUCUCUCUCUCUCUCUCUCCCACCUUCCAAAUUCCAACCCAGUAAAACAGAACACUGGAUCACAACACCACACACAGAUUCCAAAAUCCAAAACCCUAAUUUCCACGCUCUCAGCAUUCCGAAACCCUAGAAUGCAGGACAACGACGCCGCUGCCGUUGUGGUCCCCGACCACAAGCUCUGCGGUUACCUAUGCGCCGUCCUCACCGCCUCUUCCUCAUCCCAAACCCUCCCUCUCCACACCCUCUGCCACGUCAACCAACCCGAGCCCGGUUUCCUGACCGAAACCGGCGUCGUUUUGUCCCCAAUCAACCGCGCCCCCGCCGCGGAUUCUCCCUCUCGAGAGAGCGGGGCGGCGGAGAGAGAGAGCGCGACGAUGCCGUCCUCGUCGUCGAAGAAGAAGCGGAGGAGGUUCGGGCGGGUGCAAGGGAGCGCGACGACGCCGUCCUCGUUGUCGGGGAAGAAGGGGAGGAGGUUCGGGCUGGUGCAAGGGAGCGCGAGCGUGGUCCAUCAGGUUCACGCGCUGGUGGUGCACAAGUGUUUGAAGGCAGUAGGUAGGGUUUUGCGCGUGGACAGGGAUUUAAUGAAUGGUGUGAGGGUUGUGGUGCUUGUAGAUGUUUAUUUGCCGAUCGCCGUGUUGUCCGGGUGGCAGUUUAAGAAGAUGGGGUCGGUUGCCGCUGCGCUUUUUCGGCACUUGAGUUGUGACUGGCAGAAGAGAAGUUCAAUGCUUCUCAGUGAGAGAAUUGAGUGCGGACCUGAUAGUACAGAUAUUGAGAGCAUUUGGAACGUUUCUGAUUGCCAUGUUCUUGGUUGUAAACUGCAAUGCGGUGUUCCUGUUACUUCCAGGAGGAAACUCUUCGAGCUUCAUGAAAUUUUUAAGAGCUUACCUAGUGUGGCAACGAGAGGAAAUGUUUAUUCUUCGAGAGUGCACCCUGCAGAUGCUUCAUGUAGCUCGGGUAUUUGGGAGGUAUCAGAUGACCUGUUGAUUGUGAUUCUGAAUUCACUUGGUCCUAUUGACCUUGUCAGGGUUUCAGCCACAUGCCGCCAUCUAAGAUCGUUGGCAGUUUCAGUUAUGCCUUGUAUGAAACUUAAACUUUUUCCUCAUCAGCAGGGAGCUGUAGAGUGGAUGCUACAGCGUGAGCGAGAUCCUGAAUUGUUGCCACAUCCUCUGUACAUGGAUUUUGUAACUGAAGAUGGGUUUGGUUUCUAUGUAAACACUGUUUCUGGUGAAACAGUCACAGGGUCUGUUCCAUCAGUCAGAGAUUUCCGUGGGGGAAUGUUCUGUGAUGAACCUGGAUUAGGCAAGACUAUAACCGCUCUUUCUAUUAUUCUGAAGACACAAGGAACAAUGGCGGAGCCGCCAAAUGGAGCGCAUGUAAUCUGGUGUGCACACAAUGCUGAUUAUAAAUGUGGUUAUUAUGAGGUUAAUGGGGGUAAUGCUGCCAGUGGUAGCAUAUUAUCAAAUAAAAGGGGUGCGGGUCACCAUGCUCGAAGGGGACAACUUUAUUUUUUUGAAUCUACUCUGAGUGACAAUAUAAAAGGCUCCUCACCAGAUGGGGCCUCUUUUUUGGAUUCUGCUGUGCCAAUUGGGGGAUCUACUGAUUUCAGUCCAGAUGAAGGAAUUCAUUCAGCUACGGCUGGCUGCUCUACACCAGCAACAUGUGUAGUUCGAUGCCGAAGGAGCUUGACUCCCAUUAAGAGAAGUCUUCUUCAUGCAUAUGAUCUAUCGUCUCACUAUUCUAAUGGAUGGAAGGUUACAAGUAAUAAAUCAAGUAAAAGAAAGAGUUCUUCCAAUGGUCGAAGGCGCGGUUAUCCAGAGUACGGAGUUGGUGUAUCUUAUGGAUCACCUCGUGAUUGCAAGAGGCUUAGGAAGUCCACUGCAGGGUAUUCUAUACAGAAUGAAACUUGGGUACAGUGUGAUGCUUGUCGCAAGUGGCGAAAGCUUGAAGAUGAAAGUUUGGCAAAUGAUGCUUGCGCAGUAUGGUUCUGUAGCAUGAACAGUGACCCAUUAUAUAUGAGUUGCAGCGCUCCAGAAGAAUCUUGGGAUAACCGCCAGCCGAUUACAUAUUUUCCUGGUUUUCACACCAAAGGAACUCCUGGGGGGAAAGAGGAGAAUGUGUCAUUUUUCACCAGUGUGCUUAAGGAGCACUUCAAUUCUGAAGCAAAAAAGGCCUUGACUUGGUUGGCUAAACUUUCACCGGACAAACUUUCGGAAAUGGAAUCAAUUGGUUUACUACAGCCUGUUGUGGACACUCGAGUAGUAUCUAGAGGAGAUGAACAUAAGUCGCAUAAGAUAUUUCAAGCUUUUGGUCUCAUAAAGAGAUCAGAAAAGGGUACUACUAGGUGGUACUACCCAAGCACUUUACAAAACUUGGUCUUUGAUUUGUCUGCCUUCAGAAUCGCACUUUGUGAGCCUUUGGAUUCAUUAAGGUUGUAUUUGUCAAGGGCAACUCUUAUUGUUGUUCCAGCAAAUCUAGUGGAUCAUUGGAAAACUCAGAUCCAAAAGCACGUUAGGCCUGGUCAGUUGCGUGUUUAUGUCUGGACUGAUCAUAAAAAGCCUAGUGCACACAAUCUGGCUUGGGACUAUGAUGUUGUUAUUACUACCUUUAAUCGUCUAAGUUGUGAGUGGAGUCCCCGGAAUAGAAGUGUAUUAAUGCAAGUUCAUUGGCACAGAGUCAUUCUAGACGAAGGGCAUACCCUUGGUUCAAGUCUUAAUUUGACAAACAAAUUGCAACUGGCUAUUUCAUUGACUGCUACAAAUCGUUGGUUAUUGACAGGAACACCGGCUCCUAACACACCCAACAGUCAACUGUCUCAUCUUCAGCCCUUGCUUAAGUUCCUUCAUGACAACGCUUAUGGAGAGAAUCAGAAGUCAUGGGAAGCUGGCAUUCUUAAGCCAUUUGAAGCUGAGAUGGAAGAGGGUCGGACACGUUUGUUGCAGUUACUUUGUAGGUGCAUGAUUAGUGCAAGAAAAGAGGAUUUGCAGACAAUUCCUCCUUGCAUAAAAAAAGUGACAUAUGUAGAUUUUACUGAGGAACAUGCAAAGAGUUACAAUGAAUUGGUGGUAACUGUGCGGCGUAAUAUAUUGAUGGCUGAUUGGAAUGACCCAGCUCAUGUUGAGAGUUUACUGAACCGAAAGCAAUGGAAGUUUCGAAGUAAUACUAUAAAAAAUCUGAGGCUGUCUUGUUGUGUUGCUGGACAUAUUAAAGUAACAGAUGCUGGGCAAGAUAUUCAGGAAACAAUGGAUAUUUUAGUUGAAAAUGGCCUGGAUCCUAUUUCGGAAGAGUAUGCUUUCAUUAAAAGUAAAAUCCAAUAUGGUUGCUGUUGUAUGAGGUGCAAUGAAUGGUGCCGUUUACCUGUCAUUACACCAUGCAGGCAUCUUUUAUGUCUUGCCUGUGUUGCAAUGGACAGUGAAAGAUGUACUUUUCCUGGCUGUGGUAGCUUGUAUGAGAUGCAGAGUCCUGAAGCAUUGACCCGUCCAGAAAAUCCCAACCCAAAGUGGCCUGUUCCCAAAGAUCUCAUUGAGUUACAACCAUCUUAUAAACAGGAUGACUGGGAUCCUGAUUGGCAAUCAACAUCUAGCAGUAAAGUUGCUUACCUUGUUCAGAGAAUGAAAGAACUUCAGGAAGUUAAUAGAACGAUUGGUUUCCAACUAGAUGAGGGGAAUGGUGCCAAGCAUUCUGAUGAGCUUCCUGUUGCCUCCCAGAAAGGUGAUCCUAGUACAUCAUCACACCAGUUGGUCUUGCCUAGCAAAAGCAAGGAAUCUUGCAAGACACUUCCAGAGAAAGUUAUAAUAUUUUCUCAGUUUCUUGAGCAUAUACACGUCAUUGAACAACAAUUAACCGGUUGUGGUAUAAAGUUUGCUGGGAUGUAUAGUCCAAUGCAUGCAUGCAACAAGAUGAAGUCACUGGCAAUGUUCCAGUAUGAUCCAAGUUGUAUGGUUCUUCUUAUGGAUGGAAGUGCAGCGUUAGGCCUUGAUUUGAGUUUUGUUACACAUGUAUUUCUGAUGGAACCGAUCUGGGACAGAAGCAUGGAGGAACAAGUGGUCAGUCGUGCUCACCGAAUGGGUGCUACUCGUCCUAUUCAUGUCGAAACACUGGCAAUGCGUGGUACAGUGGAAGAGCAAAUGCUGAAAUUCUUGCAGGAUCCUGAUGAGUGUAGAAAGUUCUUGAAGGAAGAGUGCAGAAAACCUGACCGCGAAAGUUCCCGGCUACACCGUACAUUACAUGAUUUUGCUGAGACCAAUUAUUUGGCUGACCUUAGUUUUGUGCGUGCCAGUGCCACUACAUGAGGGUUCAACCCAGAAUGUGUUACCCUACAGCCUACAUUGUGAAGGAGUUUGUACAAGUUUUUAAUGAAGCAUACCAAAGUGUUGGCAACGUUUUGCAAACAUUGCACAUCAAACUUCCCAAGAUUUUAUUCUAUUUCCCAAAUGAGUUUCGUGGGCAUCAGUUUUCUAAGUCAAAGCAAGUUCCUUGGUAACUGGAGUUUAUUAUCUGGGUAAACGAUUUCCUCUUCAAAAGGUGAGUUGCUUCCUUGCCAGAGCCGGCUUUGGGCUAAAGCCCAUAAAGCAUUCACUUUAGGCCCCAAAUUUUGACUAAUUUUGGGCCCCCAAAUUCCAUAGGUCUGUGUAUAAUUAAGUUUUGCAUAAAAAUUAAGUAAACCUUCCUAAAACAUUUAAGGGCCCAAUUUAAAGUAAGGCCCAUGUGAAAACGACGAUCGUACAUAU